GCCACUCCAUUCCAGUCAGUUAGUACGGUGUUGCUAUUCGGUACAGACGGACGCAAAACAUUUCUAACAUUUAUCAUGGAACGUUACGUAGGCAAAGUUGCUAUUGUAACCGGCGCAAGUUCUGGUAUUGGUGAAGCUAUCGCCGAUAGUUUAACCAAAGCAGGCAUGAAGGUUGUGGGUUUGGCUCGUCGUGUCGAACGGGUUCAAACACUUUCCGAUAAACUCGCCAAAGAUGGUGCUAAAGGUAAACUGUACGCUGUUAAGUGUGACAUGCGCGUUGAAGAUGACAUCGUCAAAGCUUUCGAAUGGACAACCAAGAAUGUCGGAAAUGUACAAGUUCUCGUAAACAACGCAGGCGUUGCUACCAAGUCUAAUCUUACUGAAGGAAUCACCGAAGAUUGGCGUAAGAUUAUGGAAACCAAUGUACUUGGCCUGUGCAUUGCUACCAGAGAAGCUUCCAAAAUUAUGAAGGCAAACAAAAUUGAAGGACACAUUAUUCACAUUAACAGUAUUGCUGGCCAAAGUCAUUUGUAUUUCCCUUCUGCUGGUGUGUACGGUGCUUCCAAACAUGCCGUUACUAAUCUCACUGAGAUUUUAAGACAAGAGAUGGUUGCACAAAAAACAAACAUUAAGGUCACCAGUAUUAGCCCCGGAUUGGUUAAGACCGAAAUUAUUGACUUUGAAGGUAUGAAUGAAGAAAUGAAGAAGAUGUUGGCUAAUGCACCAAUUUUGGAGAGUCAGGAUAUUGCUGAUAGUGUGCUGUAUGUUUUGGGUGUACCUCAAAGAGUUCAAAUUAAUGAACUUACUAUUCGACCAAUGAAUUCACAAAUGUAAAUAUUUAUAUCUAUUAUCACAUCAAUAAAUACUUAUGUCUAUCAUUUUCAAUGUUAUCAACUAUUUCGUAAUAAAAGUUUAUUAAACAUUAA